AUGUCUGACGAACCUACCACCAAUGGCGCUACCACGCCCAUCUCUGCCAAAUUGAACGGUUUGGCUUUGACCGAAUACACCGCCGCUCCGACGCCUCCCUCAGAGCGCAACCCCCGUUUCCCUGGAGUGCCCCCAGACUGGGGAAUUCCCGAAUCAUGCCUACUCCCCAAUGGAUACCCUGACUAUCUCCGCCUGAUCUUGACAUCCCGCGUUUACGAUGUUCUCGACGAAACCCCCCUCCACCACGCCGUCAAUUUGAGUAACCGAUUGGAGAGCCGGGUUCUCCUCAAGCGCGAGGAUCUGCUGCCAGUGUUCAGCUUCAAGCUUCGUGGUGCGUACAACAAGAUGGCUCACCUGAACGCGGAGCAGCGGUGGAAAGGUGUGAUUGCGUGCUCGGCUGGAAACCAUGCCCAGGGUGUUGCUUUCUCUGCUCGCAAGCUGAAGAUCCCCGCAACCAUUGUCAUGCCCUCGGGCACCCCGGCCAUUAAGCACCGCAACGUCGCUCGUCUUGGUGGAAGUGUGGUUCUUCACGGAAGCGACUUCGAUGCCGCCAAGGACGAGGCUCACCGGUUGGAAAAGCAGCACGGCCUGACAAACAUCCCACCUUUCGAUGAUCCGUACGUCAUUGCCGGUCAAGGUACCAUUGGAAUGGAGUUGCUGCGCCAAGCGAACUUGGAUAAAUUGGAGGCAGUCUUCUGUGGUGUCGGUGGCGGUGGUCUGAUUGCUGGCAUUGGUGUGUACAUGAAGCGCAUUGCGCCUCAUGUUAAGGUUAUUGGCGUGGAGGCUCAUGAUGCCAAUGCUAUGGCCCAGUCAUUGGACGAGGGCACCCGUGUUUUCCUGAAGGAGGUUGGCCUCUUCGCUGACGGUGCCGCGGUCAAGUCCGUUGGCGAGGAAACUUACCGUGUCAGCCGCGACGUGAUCGACGAGAUUGUCCAAGUCUCCACCGAUGAAAUCUGUGCUGCUAUUAAGGAUGCGUUCGAGGACACUCGAACCGUUAUUGAACCCGCCGGUGCCCUCUCCCUUGCUGGUCUUAAGAAAUAUGUUGCCAACAACCCCAGCCCCGACCCCAAGCGUGAGCUGAUCGCCAUCACCUCCGGCGCCAACAUGGACUUUGAUCGUCUCCGCUUUGUGGCCGAGCGGGCUGCCCUCGGGGAGAAGAAGGAAGCUCUGCUGAGUGUCAAGAUCCCCGAGACACCCGGUGCCUUUGCUAAGCUUGUCGAGGUGAUAUUGCCUCAUGCCGUGACCGCCUUUAGCUACCGAUAUGCACAGGAGGAUGUGGCCGAUGUUCUUAUGGGUAUUUCCCUGUCCGCUUUGACUGGUCGCGAAGACCUGGCGAAGAUCAUGGAGGAAUUGGAGAAAUCAGGAAUGUCAGUUCAGGAUCUGAGCGAUGAUGAGCUCGUCAAACGCCACGUUCGCUUCCUCGUUGGUGGUCGCUCAAACGUGACAGACGAGCGAUUGUUCAUGUUCGAGUUCCCCGAGCGACCUGGUGCUCUUGCUAAGUUCCUCACCACCCUCCGCCCUAACCAGAACAUCUCCCUCUUCCACUACCGCAACUACGGCGGUGAUGUUGGCAAGGUUCUCUCUGCUAUCCAGUGCCCACCUGGUGAGAAGGAUGAGCUCGAGGCUUUCCUUCGCGAUCUGGGAUACCCCUUCAGCGAGCACACCGAUUCCCCUACCUACCAAACUUUCCUUCGCUCUUAA